AACACUGUUUACAACAAUUCAAUACAAAUCCAAUUGUUUAUCAUUUAAUUACAUCUUAAAUACGGUUCAUAUGAAUGAAAACUAAUGGCAUUUAUAGUGAGAAAUGCUCUCAAAAUAAGCCAUUUGUUGGCAAACAAUGGUUUGAAAAGCCAUAAAACGGCUUAUAUUGCAGUCAGAAAUUGCGGUUGGAUCAGAGACUGGAAACCCGGUCCCUAUCCUAAGACACAGGAGGAAAGGGACGCCGCGGCCAAGAAGUACAAUCUGAUCCCUGAGGACUACGAGACCUAUCCCGAGGGCUCCGGUUAUGGAGAUUAUCCCAAAUUACCGGCGGUCGGCGAGGAUGUGAGGGAUCCGUACGAAGAUCUCGACUAUCACUUCAGGCGACGAAACUAUGGCGAAACGUUGAAUAUAGACUACGAUAUCUAUACAUCCGAUCGACACAACCCUAACGAGACGUUGAGAUAUACACCGCUUCAAAUGGUGGCCACAUUUUUGGGCUCUUUCCUCUUCUUGUACUUCUUGGCCCUAACGGACACCUACUUUGAUCUGAGGAAUGCCUGGCAGUUGAAACCCAAACAAUACCCAAAGCCUGGUGUCGUUCACUACACUUUCGAGCCCUUAGACUAAUAGCUCUUUUAAUUAUCACUCAAUUGGUUAUUGAGAUUUGUUUUAAACUUGAAAUUGAAUUAAUUUGAUUCGUAACACAAAAUAUAUCUGUUUUAAUGAGAAUGUAAUUUAUUUGAAUAGUAAAUAAAAAUUAGAGUCGUUUA